AUGUCCAUCGACCUCAACUGGGAAACUCUGACCACUGGCCCCGAUGGCAUCGCGCUGGCGGAAAAGAUACGAGACUUUGUGCACGAGAAAUUCCAAACGGUGACGCUACCUCGAUUCAUCAAGGGUGUCAGGGUCCACGCCUUCGAGUUUGGCUCCAUCGCACCCGAAGUUGAGAUCAAGGACAUUUGUGACCCUCUACCCGACUUCUAUGAAGAGAUCGAGGAUGACUAUGGCGAAGAUGGAGAUGAGGAGAAUGGCGCCGACAGCUGGAAGCCCAAAACGGCGCAGCAAGAAAGUUUGAGAGAGCGACGAAGGAUGGAAAGAGUUGAGAGGACGAAUGGGCCGUCCCAAGUCACCCAUCUCCCCCCAUAUAUCGAUACGCGGCUACCUGGCAUGAGGUCGAUGCAAAGUCCCGGCGAUAUAGGCAGCCCAUUCCUUGGCGUCAGUACACCAGGAAUUCCUGGCGGGACCUCGAAUCUCAACUACUUCCAUUCUCAACUUGCAACGGGCUUGUCUGGCACACAGACUCCUCUAGCCGCGGUCGCAGGUGCACACCUUCCCCACGGCUGGCCAGACUACUCGAACUUACCAUCUUCAAAGGAAAGGGGACACCGUCACACCGCUAGCGGAAGCUCACUGUCCCCACCUCCAACCGCAGACUCUUCCAAGCAUCCAGCUUUGCGUGAACGAGAGAGUGUCUCAACAUUAGCUACGUCAGCUACCACUACCAGACCGCAAACCCGAGAUGGUUUACUGGAAGAGACAGUCGAGGAAGAAUCAGCGUCGCCUCCACGACGGUUCCGUGAACCUCGAGUCGAAGAUUUACAAACAGUCUUCCGAGUGAGAUAUUCUGGUGACGUGAAGCUGUCUCUCACAGCCGAAAUCCUUCUAGAUUAUCCAAUGCCGAGUUUCGUAGGCAUACCUGUCAAGUUGAAUAUCACUGGGCUGUCCUUCGAUGGAGUUGCCGUCCUGGCCUAUAUCAGGAAGAGGGCACACUUUUGUUUCCUGUCACCGGAAGACGCAUAUGCUGCCAUUGGGGCAGAAGGGACAGAAGAGAGCCAUUCCAGUGGCAUGAAAAUGGGUGGUCUUUUACAUGAGAUCAAAGUCGAGAGCGAGAUUGGUCAAAGAGAGAAUGGGAAACAGGUUCUCAAAAAUGUGGGCAAGGUGGAAAAGUUCGUGCUAGAGCAAGUUAGACGAAUCUUCGAGGAUGAGUUUGUGUAUCCCAGUUUCUGGACUUUCUUGGUCUGA